AUGGCGUCUCUGAGGUGCUUUCUCCGCUCCGGAAAGAAUGCGGUGGCAGCUCUGCAGAGGAGCAGGAUUCACAGCAGUGCUCCGGCUGCGGUACAGAUGACGGUGCGUGAUGCGCUGACCCAGGCCAUGGACGAGGAGCUGGAGAGAGACGAGCGCGUGUUCCUGUUGGGAGAGGAAGUGGCUCAGUACGACGGCGCCUACAAGGUGAGCAGAGGUUUGUGGAAGAAAUAUGGAGACCAGCGGAUCAUCGACACUCCCAUUUCAGAGAUGGGUUUCACUGGAAUCGCUGUCGGGGCUGCUAUGGCAGGACUGCGGCCGAUCUGCGAGUUCAUGACGUUCAACUUCUCGAUGCAGGCGAUAGAUCAGGUCAUAAACUCCGCAGCCAAGACCUACUACAUGUCGGCGGGUCUGCAGACGGUCCCCAUCGUGUUCCGGGGCCCCAACGGAUCCUCGGCCGGAGUCGCUGCUCAACACUCUCAGUGCUUUGCCGCGUGGUACGCGCACUGUCCCGGCCUGAAGGUGGUCAGCCCCUGGAGCGCGGAGGACGCCAAAGGACUGCUCAAAGCCUCCAUCCGGGACGACAACCCAGUGGUGUUUUUGGAGAACGAGCUCCUGUACGGCGUCCCCUUCGAGAUGUCCGACGAGGCGCAGGGCAAAGACUUCGUGGUUCCCAUCGGAAAAGCCAAGGUCGAGCGGCAAGGGACUCACGUGACGGUGGUGUCUCACUCCAGAUACGUUGGACACUGUUUAGACGCAGCUGCAGUUUUAGCCAAAGAAGGAAUUGAGUGUGAGGUGGUCAACAUGCGGACGAUCCGGCCGAUGGACACGGACACCAUCGAGGCCAGCGUGAUGAAGACCAACCACCUGGUGACGGUGGAGGGGGGCUGGCCACAGUUUGGAGUCGGAGCGGAGAUCUGUGCCAGGAUCAUGGAGGGUCCUGCCUUCAACUACCUGGACUCCCCUGUGACCAGAGUGACCGGAGUGGACAUCCCGAUGCCCUACGCCAAGAUCCUGGAGGACAACAGCGUGCCGCAGAUCAAGGACAUCAUCUUCUCCAUCAAAAAGACUCUCAACGUCUAA